GGAAAGCGACGCUACUGUGACUGAAACGUCAUCCAAGAGCACAAGGCUUAGGAUAAAAGUAAAAGCGAGUGCAGUACGGAGGAGUGUGACCAUCCAUGGCCUUGUGUACGCUGACUAGUGCUCUGCGCUCUUUGAGCCUGGCAUCCCUGGGCAUUACCGCCCGGGUUCCGAGUCUGCUCCCUGCUGCCCAGAUACAGAGCAAUGCCCUCCUUCAGCUGCCCCCUGCCUUGGCGUUGCCCUCUCACCGCCCAGUGCAUAUGUCUGCGGACCGCAGUGCCAAGUUUGUGUCCUGGAAGAGUCAAACCAAGUACACAGUUAAACCCAUCAAGAUGAGGAAGUCUGGCGGUCGAGACCAUACAGGCCGCAUCCGAGUACAUGGUAUUGGUGGAGGCCACAAGCAGAAGUAUCGAAUGAUUGACUUUCUGCGUUUCCGGCCAGAAAAGGAGUCUUCGGCAGAACCCUUUGAGGAGAAGGUUGUGGUAGUCCGCUAUGAUCCUUGUAGAUCUGCAGACAUAGCUCUGGUUGCUGGGGGCAGCCGGAAACGCUGGAUCAUUGCCACAGAAAACAUGAAGGCGGGAGAUACAAUCCUGAACUCUAACCACAUAGGCAGGAUGGCAGUGGCUGCUAAGGAAGGGGAUGCACACCCGCUUGGGGCAUUGCCUGUGGGGACUCUCAUCAACAACAUAGAAAGCGAGCCAGGCCGAGGAGCCCAGUAUAUCCGCGCUGCAGGGACGUGCGGUGUGCUGCUUCGGAAGGUGAAUGGAACAGCCAUCAUCCAGCUGCCCUCUAAGAGGCAGAUGCAGGUGCUGGAGACAUGCAUUGCAACUGUAGGCCGGGUUUCCAACGUUAACCAUAACCAGCGGAUCAUCGGCAAAGCAGGACGCAACCGCUGGCUGGGCAAGAGGCCUAACAGUGGUCUCUGGCACCGCAAGGGAGGCUGGGCCGGCCGAAAGAUUCGGCCACUGCCACCCAUGAAGAGUUACGUGAAGCUGCCCUCCGCUGCUGCCCAAAGCUGAUUCCCCUGGACUCUAAUAAAAUGUCCCUUGUUUUUA